GCGCAGAAAUUAAAAUCUAAUAACUCUGUGGACUCUCAGCUGUGCCUGGCGGAGCAGUCGCUCGGAAAAGACAACAUCGUGGAAAGAUCUUCCAGCGGCCACAUCUCCGGCAACGGCGCGUCCAGCCCGUCAUCCAGCGCGCGCACCAUCCUCCUCCUGCUGAGCACAACGCACUCUCUGCUCCUCGCCUCCGCCCUGCUGACGUUAUAGCCGCUUCUCAUGGGACCCGUUCAAGUAAAAAAAUAAAAAUAAACAAAUCUCUAUAUAAAGUCUAUAUUACAUAUGAAGAAUAUUAUUCACUUUCCUACCUUCUCCAUCAUCUGAAUUUGUCGCCGCUCCGGAACAAGAAAGAAAGAAUGAAGUGGAGAGGAAAUAAAAGCAAACACUUUUUUGUGGUGUAUCCUCGGGGGCGGAGCUAUGGGAUUCCCGCCAUAUGACAAUCUGAUCACCCACCCCCUAGGUUCUGGGGAAUGUUUCGUGUUCUAAGAAGAGUUUGUACAUUUGGUUAUCCAUAAUAUUUUUAUUAUUAUUAUUUUUUUUUUUUAUGUAUAUUUAUGGCAUUUUUUUUUAUAUCAUUUUCUUUUCUUUUUCUCAAUUUUUUCUUUUUGUUUUUACUUCAUCCAAAGUAGCGAGGCCAAAUGUAAAUACCUUGUGGGCUACGGCACAGGGAUCCGGGGGCUACGAAAGUGUCUCCCCCUCGGUUCAGAGUGGUGGUCUUCGACUUGUGGCUUGCAAAACAACAACUCCCAUCAUGUCCUCUCCAGCUAUUAGGAAACUACAACCCCCAGCAUACCUGGACUGACUAUAAACAAAACUGACUACUAAAAAAACAUACAUAGAAAGCUGGAUACAACUGCACAGAGCAUACACUAUAAUCCGCACCAUACUGCAAAAGUCAUCAAUCUAUAAAACAGCGUUUACCAAGCAGGAUCCCUCCAGCUGUGGCAAAACUACAACUCCCAGCAUGCUGGGAGUUGUAGUUUUGUAGCAGCUGGUGGCACACUGGUUUGGAAAAACUUCUCUAGACAAGCACCCUUAUUCUCAGGCCUCUCCAGCUCUUGCAAAACUACAACUCCCAGCAUGCCCGGACAGCCGAAGGCUGUCCGGGCAUGCUGGGAGUUGUAGUUUUUCGACCAAUGGAGGCACACUGGUUGGGAAAUGCUGCUCUAGACAAGCGUUUCCCAACCUCUGGCCUUUCCAGCUCUUGCAAAACUACAAUUCCCAGCAUGCCCUGACAGCCUUCGGCUGCCAGGGCAUGCUGGGAGUUGUAGUUUGUGAAACAGGUUUGCCUUUUCUUAUCCUUUUAGAUAUGCUAUGACAUGUAGAUGCUGGAACGGGCACACUUCGAUAUGAGCAGGUGAUGGCAGAGAUGUAGGGGGUGCCUCUAGCUUUUGCAUAACUACAACUCCCAGCAUGCCCGUGCAAUGUCCAUCAAGAAUUAAAUACUUCAGUUGGCGGUGCCCGGUUGGCACCCGGUGGGCAGUGAAGGACUCUCUUAAUUUUGCUGUCUUGAUUUGUCUCCAUUACGAGAAGAAGAAAGGGCAUCUUCUUCGUGGAGAAACAUGACUGUGCGCGCCUCCUGGUUCCUCCUCGCCACCUGCCGCUCGGCGCCAUAUGUCCUACAACGCCAAGAUCUGGAGAUAACCGCAUGAGGCGUCCGCCGGGGCCCCGAGACUUCACAGUGCAAACCAUUUAAUGCAAAGAUUUUUUAUUUUUUUAUUUUUUUUUUACGUUUCGCCUCGGUGUUUUUUAAUUGCAGCUCAUGAAUAUUCAUAGCUCGGCCGCCCCGUCUGAAAAAAAAAAGUAAACGGACUCGCUGUGAUGGAGGGGGGAAAAAAAACGGCGCCGCCGGCUUAAUUGCUGUUACAGUUAAUUGAAAACAACUUGUGUACACAUGAAACAGAAACACGAAGCGCAUUCGCCCUUAAUGAAGCGCCGGCACCUAAUCCUGCGAGGACCGGAUUAAUCCCGUGCUGGGUAGAAGGGAGGAAUGUUGGCACAAGAGACAUUGGAUCUGGACGCAACAUAAUGCAGUCGGCGCGCGGCAUCUGUUCCUGUUACGCCGCGGACGCUGACGGCGCUCUCCUGGGGGGCGGACUGAAGGAUUUGCAGGGGGGGGGGGGGGGGGGGGGAUGUCCAGCUUCAUCGCUUUCAUGUGAGAUAAGACAGAGAUACAUUUCUAAACACAAGUAAUGGAGAAGUAAAGUUUCUGCCCCCCCCCCCCCCCCCCCUCUGGCGACACCGCGGGGCAGAGCGCGGAAACACGCAGAGCGGUAUUUCGUGCAGCGUAUAUCUAUGUGACCAUGAAUAACUUGCACAAUAUGGCAGGUGAUGGACUGGUUCACCUGGAUCUGUUACCCAUGUGACUUCAUGUGAAUAAAAUGUACGCAAUGCGCGCAAAAAGGGGGUGGAGUCUGUCGUAUGCAUAUAUGUAAAUGAACAAACUGAUACCUAUGUUGCAAUAUGGCGACGUCCCUUUAGAGAAGAAACGGAUGUUGUAUCAGAUUAAAGAAAAAAAAAAACAAGGUUAUAAUAUAGUGCUAACUAUGGCGCUUCGUGACGAUACCGCGCCGGGUCAGAUGGCGCCACCUAGCGACACUUGGGGUCAUUAUGGAGCAUGUGACCUGUGUCUGUAGGGGGAGAGGCUUCCAGCAUGUCCUCCCCCCCAUAUGUGUUGUUUAAGGGGAUUCUACAAGAACCUACAUAUAUGAUGUUCUCCGCCUUGUAUAUAACUUAACCCUUCGUGGGAAGGAGGAAUCCUGGAUAGAUGUGGUGGAGUGAUGAUGGGGGGCGCUCACUCCGCACAAUCUCCAGAAUCAUCAUUUAUUUUUUCUUAUUAGUGAUUAUUAUUAUUAUUAUGUUACUUUUAAUAAAAGUGAAUAAAAUUCA